CAAAGUGGAUGCGAGGCACGGGUAACCCCUCCUUCAGCUACCUGCGGAGAAGAGGAGGAAUCGGCGUGGGGUAGAGGUUGAAUAAGGUCAAGACUAGGUAUUGUAUAGCUCUGGGUGGUCUUAUAGUAACUUCGGCUUCCCUUUCUCGAACUAAUAGAAGGAACAUUUGAUAUUCAAUACUCGAAUCAGUUUGUCCUCGUUACCAAGUAUUCAGACCUGUCACAAUGUCCUUCCCAAAGCUUAUCCCGGCCUUCACGGCUCAGAUCGUGAUUGAACCCCCCGCCAACAUCGGCACCACUGCUCGCGGCGGCACUAUGCUCUUCGUUCCCUUUGUGCCCAACAGCGGGUCUGUCAAGUCGGAAGCCUCGUACCCGAUCCAACUGGACGCCGAGUUCGUGCACGGCGCCGACUACGUGCGGAUGGACCCGAACGGCGAGAACGUGCGGCUGGAAAUCCACAGCGUCGGCAAGGACAAGACGACGGGUGCGUUGUUCCGGUUCAAUUACACAGGCACUGUCUCGCUGGCGGGUGCCGCGGGCAAGGUGUUCCGUGGCGAGCCGGACAUGGCGACGACGGGGUUUGGUGAUGCUUUUACCCACCACGUCUUCGAGACCGGCAAUGAGAAGCUCUAUCCGCUGCAAAACAAGGUCUUCGUUGGAUCUGGCAGGUUCAUUAUUGAGCCCGGUAAGCCGAUUGUUGUCGAGUACAAGAUUAGCGAGGUGACUGCCUCCUAAGGAGUGUGGUACAAUGUAAUGAAACAUGAGUGAUGGCUAUCAUGCUAGCCUCCUCAAACAAAGUGCUAUGAUGAUGUUUUAUGCGCGAUCUUAUGGAAGUGUAAAGUGAAGGAUAGAAACUCAUAUGUUAUGCAUGGUUGAAGUAUGAUACCAGGCAUCAAAAUCCACCCUCCUUUCUUCAUGAC